UCUCACCGGAACCCUAAAAAAACAGUAUUACUAUUCUUGGAUCCACUGCGGUAAUCUAAUAUCAGCUUCAAUGCCUUCCAAUUCUGCUUACAUUCACGAAGAUAUUGCCUUCUCUAUUCUAUUAAAACUCCCCAUUAAAUCUUUGAAACGAUUUGAAUGCGUACGCAAAUUAUGGUCUCACCUUACCGAAGACGAAGACUCUCCUUUCAUGACUAUGUAUAGCAACAAUCUUCUUUUAUCUCAACCUUAUGACGGUGAUACAUCUCUCCUGAUUAAUAUGUGCCCUCGAUUAGAAAGGUUCCAUUCUCUGUCUGGUGAAAGGUUUGCGAAUAGGGUCAGUUUAAUUAAUCCAAUUCAAUCCGAUUGUGAAGCACUUCAAAUCAUUGGCUUUGGGAGUGUUAAUGGCAUACUUUGUCUCCAAUAUGGAGAAACAAGAAUCUCACUGUGGAAUCCAACUACCAACGAAUUCAAGGUUAUUCCUCCUGCUGGGACACGUCUUCCACAUAUUGUUCAUAAAUUUAAAUCUAAACUGGUUGAUCCCUUUUACAUUCAGACUACGAUUCAUGGAUUUGGUUAUGACUCUGUUGCUGAUGACUAUAAGCUCAUUUGUCUUCAAUCAUUUGAACCAUAUUACUUUUAUAAUGAUAAGCAACGCAUGAAACAGUCAUUGUUGUUGCAACAUAAAUCUCUUCAACCCUUUUGGAUGAUUUAUAGCUUAACAAGUAAUUCGUGGAAGAAACUCUAUGUCAAUAUGCCUCGUUCUUCACCAACUUUUCAGUUGGAAUAUUACCAUGGAAAUCACCGACUCUAUAUGGAUGGAGUGUGUCAUUGGUUGUCUCUCCCGACUUCAGGAGCAUGUAUGGUAUCAUUUGACUUGAACAAUGAGACGUUCUUUGUCACACCCAUACCCUCCUACAUUCUUAGGGUUAGACGUCGUGCAUGGCAACAAUUGAUGGUGGUGAAUCACUCUAUUGCCUUGGUCUCUUUACCUUAUCACAACACACAAACUUACCAUAUAUCAAUUUGGGGUGAAGUUGGUGUGAAGGAAUCAUGGAUCAAACUCUUCACUGAAAGUGGCAUAGGUGGAGUUGCUGCUCUUACAAACGUCGGAGAACCUACAAGUGGGAUUCUUGGAACUGCAAGUGCUCCUACUGAUAUGGUUGCUGCAUUAGAAGGUGGAAAUUUCAAAGAGCAGCAAUGGCAUACAAUUUGGUUUAUUGCAGCGGCCUUCCUCUUGAUUUCUUGUGUAGGCACAUCGUGUAUAAAGGAAUCAGAAAAGAAAUGCAGCCAAGUGUUGAGACAAAUACUAAACUUAGCGAUGUGAAAGGUGUAGACGAGGCAAAAGCUGAACUUGAAGAAAUUGUUGAUUACCUAAAAGAUCCUAAGGUUCUGAAGGGAGAUAAUGUUGAUCUGAUGACCAUUGCUCGGUUUACCCCUGGGUUCUCUGGUGCUGACCUUGCAAACU